UACAAGUUAAUACACAAACAAAUAUACUAUAAUAAUAUUUUUCAGAGUCCAUAAAACAAGGGAAUAAAAAUAAUAAGCAUGCGAGUGAAAGUAAGGAGCCGCGGUAAGGCAAGGCAGGCAGGCAAUGCCGUGCUAUGAUUACUAUUAUCAUUAUUUUUCAUUUUUGUUAGUCAAAUUGGAAUGGAAGAAAGAACGGAAAUUUAACUCCUACAGAGAUUCAAAAUCUUCUAUCGAUGGAUCGGCGUCAAAUUUUGGAGUAAUUGGCUUAAAACCCUCGGCAAUCUGUUAAGGAUUCAGAAUCCCAUUUAAAUUCUGCGUUUUGGAAAAGUUUUUGAUCAAAUUUUAAAAAACCCUUGUGUUUUGAAACCCUAAGGUCACAAUGCGGAGCAACAGGAUCUAGGAAAACCUCUGACAUUUAUCGCAAUCCGUUGCAAUGUUAAAAAGGAAGGAGCGCAGUUUGGAACAGCUUUAUAAGCUACACGCCAAGCUGACAAAGCCUCGGGUGAGUCAAAUUGACGGCAGUUCUGGAGGGAAAUUGUCAUAUGCAAGGACCUGCUGAUGAAUUUGAUUCAGAGACUGAAACAGAUCUGGAGAAUAACAGAGGUGCUAAACUCUUGACAGGUAGUUCAUCUGACAAAAUGGACACCUGUAUGGACACAAAUUUUGGGUCAGAAUGUGAAACUCAUGUUAAAAAUUCUAUUGUUGAACAUGCUGAAAGCAAUAUAGCAAAGCUGAGUACAAUAGAUGCGAUUGAAAGGAAAGAAAUUCUGGUAAGAUUAAAGGAAAGAGAACCUGAUAACAUACUCAAAACAAGGUCAGUUAGAGCCAAAAUGGGUGAUCUUGCUGCUACCAGUUUACAAUGUCACCAUAAUAUGGAAAAAGGACAGUGUGUUAAUUGCAUUGAGGAAAGUGGAAAGGUUGUCAAGGAUGUAUAUUCUCCACAAUCAUAUUGCGAGGGCUCACUCAUUUUAUGUGGAGAGAAGACAGAUGAGAACCAUGCAAAGUGCUCUCCAGAGGAACUACAAAGAUUAUCACUUGGUUGUGAAUCAGUUCAAUAUUUUAAUUUGAGAUCAAAGGGUGCACCCCAGCUUGCAGACUUGGAUGCUCAGGAAUGUUGUGAUAAUCUUGAAUCUGUAAUACGAGUUGACCUGAAUCUAGAAGUUCCUUCUAGAAAAAAUAUUGAUGGAAAUGAGAGAGAGAGCUUGAGAGAUACCAGUACUACUAACACACACAAUAAAAAAAAUCCAAACAUGCUUUUAAGUGAAGUGGAAAGUAGAACUGAUCAGAGAGAUCAACCUGUGAAUAAAUUGAUGGAAAGUUCAAGAGAAACCUUUUAUAUGUCACCUGAUUUGCCACCAGGUUCUGAUUUGGGUACAAAUUUGGCUUCCAACAAGCACAAAGAAACGAUAUUAAAAUUUUCUACUAAAAGCGAGUUGCCCAAUACUGAGUGUGAUAAAAGGAUCAUGGCAUUGCCUGAAGAUAAUGAAGUGGAAAAAGAGUACAAUGCAACAGAUAGACUUACAAAAUUUGCUGAGAAUGUAGUAGACCAAAGUCAUGCAUGUGUGGAAGAAAUAACUAGCACAGUUAGACAGAAAGUGGACUUAAGUGGAAUUGAACAUCUUUCAGAUGUAAGUGAUGAUUUGAAAACUCUCUCUAAUCAGGAAAGCUUGGAUCCACAUGAUCACAAUAUGCCCAUUCAAACAUUUUCAAACUCUAAUGUCACUUCUGCAGAUGCCUGUGCAAAUACUAAUGUCAUAGAAUUGAGGAGCAUCACAGAAUGUACAAAGCUGUUAGACAUGUCCAGUCCAUCUGAAAUUUAUGCCAUCAGGUCACCUUUGCAAAAAGAAACUCAGAAGAGAUAUGCUAUUAAAGAAAAUACAUCACAGGAAAUGGUUAUUUCUUCCAUCUUGGGGUCGUCAGACCUCUGUAAUGUAAAUGAUAUUAUGCCAACAAAGGACAUUGAACCACAAACAGGCUGUAAGCAAGGCAACAGUUUGGUUCCUCUAUACUGUACCGAUCAUAUAACAUUCCCUGUGUCUAAGCAGCCAGUAGGCAGCAUGAUGCAGGAAAAUAUGGUUUCUGUGACUAAACCUUUUAGUGAUGCUCAAGGUGUGAAAUAUUCUAUGAAUGGACAUGUUGGAAAUAAUUUGGUGCCUGGAGUACUAGUAAUAGAGAAUUUGCAGCCAUCAAAGCCUAGUGAGGCAGUUAAUUUGCUUACAGUUGAAGCGACUCCAGAUAAAAUAGAUGUAGGAAAUCAAAUGGACCUGGAUGAACGUCAAAAAAUAGAUAAAAUGGAUGUUGAGCCCUCUGAAAUUAAAAGGGCAACAGUUGCAUCUGCUCUAGUAUUUGAAGAUCCUUUGCAUGAAGCUGAUUCAACAGUUGUAUCUGGUUCAGUAUUUGAAGAUCCAUUGCAUGAACCUGACUUGGUAGAAGAUGACGUAAAAGUCUGUGAUAUCUGCGGCGAUGCAGGCCAUGAGGACAAGCUUGCUAUCUGCAGCAAGUGUAAUGAUGGUGCAGAGCAUAUUUACUGUAUGCAAAUUAUGCUGGAAGAAGUCCCUAAAGAUAAUUGGCUAUGCGAAGGCUGCAAGACAGCAGCUCAGAUUGCUACUAUGAGAAAAGCAGAGAGGACUCAAAGUUUUAUGUCUAAGACAGCUUCUUUGAGUAGCAAAAAGCAGAGUUCUAAUGAAAGUUCACAUUCUAGAUCUUCGUUUAAAACGGAUAAAAAUAAAUCUGAUCCUGAAAGAAAGAGAAUUUUAGAUACUUCUAGCUCCCAUUCUUCUACAAAAAGACGACCAGAGAAUUUAGACAUUGGACCUGCCACCAAAAAACAGGUUAUUGAAGCUAGAAGUGUACAACAGGGUAUUUCAAGCUCAAAUGCAAAGCAGGUACUUUCUCGGGAGAAGUCAUUCAAAUCAACAGAUGGUUUUAGAACAAAGGUAUCUGUUUCAGGAACCUUGUCUGGAAAUCAUGUGAGCAGUGGCCAUCAUAAUGGUGGGAAAUCUUCAGCUGCUACAGGGGCCCAGUCACCAAGGUUGCAUGCAGGGAUGCAAUCAUCAAAGAGCAGAUUCACUUCUGUCAACAGUUUAACCUCUGAUUCUUCACCAUGUACUUCUGCAAACAGCAAUGCAGCCUCAUAUGUGUCAUCCACUUUGUCAGAUAAGGCUACAUUAUCAUCAAAGUUGGCUGAUGUUAGACCAUCAUCUAGCUUGGCUUCAAGAUUAAGCAACACUACAAAGCCAGUUACAAUCCCAAAGACUAAAAAAGACUUUGGUGAUGUUUGUAGACAAGCUUCCAUAAUUAGAGAAAGAAGCAAUAGUGGGCAAUUUAGCAAAGUUAUUAAUGAUUCUCCAUCAUUUAAAUCAAAGGCAAGCAUCAAUGUUUCUACAAUUGUAGAACCAAGAAUGUUGCCUAAUGUGCAAAAUGGCAAUUGCAAUCAAACGAAAGAAGCAAGGGUUGGAAAGCCAAAAAAGGAUGGAACAGAUUCAGUGACAAGGAAACCUGUGCUGAAAUCUGGAAAUAUGGUUGAUGAUUUAAAGCCUGCUCUCAAUGGGACAACUGUCAGUCAGGCAACCAUAACACUUGGGUUGCCAAAGAAAGAUACAUGUAAAUCGACACCAGCAACAGCAGUUGCUGAAGAAAAGUCAAUUGUUGUCCCAAGUCCUGUGGUCACAAACAUCAUGAAAGAAGAAUGUGACUCUACAGUAUGUUCAGGUAUCUCACUGCCAACUUUGACUACACCUAUCGUGUCUAAAACAGGUUUUGUGGACAUAAAAUCAGAGUCACUAGCCACUGAUUCUCACCCUUCAUCUGAACAGUGCAAUAUUGAAUCAACAUCUGGAUUCAAAUUGAUGCAAGUGUCAGGUUCAUUUGGUUCUCAUCCUUCGUCUGAACAGUGCAAUAUUGAAUCAACAUCUGGGUUCAAAUUGAUGCAAGUGUCAGGUUCAUUUGGUGUUCCGAUAGAUAAAAAAGGCUGUAGCAGCCCUAAUGAAAAAUUAGUCAAUAUUGAUCUUCAAUCUCCCCGGAACAUUGUAAAUGAUGACAAACCCAAGAGUUUUGUGUCUUCAUGGACACGGACUUUGUUGCCAGAUGCCACAAGUACAAGAUGCUAUAAGUGUAAAGAAUUGGGCCACACGGCUCAGUUUUGCUCCAACCGAAGUUCUGUAAAUACGUGUAAUAAUAGUCUCCGUGUAUCAACCCUAAAACUUUCUGCUGCAAAAAAUUCAAGAGAGAUGUCACGGUCAAGUAGUGGAAAGUGGAACAAUUCUUCAGAAACUAUUGUACCAAAUUACACAGCUGUCUGUGAGAAUGAUGAAACUUCUGAGCAAAGAUUCUUGCCCUCAGAUGGACAAGAAUUGGAGGGACGUGCAGAGAGUAAUUUUCCUGGGCAGCUGUUUGCCAACGAUGCUGCUCUGUUUCCAAAAGAAUCUGCAGGGGUUUCUGGAAAGCCUGAUGGCGAGAACUAUAUGAGCCAAGAACUUUCGUUGUUAAACUCUGAUUUUGUAAAGGAUUUGUCUAGUGGAACACUAGAUUGGGCAUCUGAUCGCUGCAAAGAUUAUGUAAUUAAUCAAUCUAGUACAACUGCCAGUCUCAGUGGUGAGGUUCCUUCUUCUCCCACGUGUGGAAAGAAGAGAACAAAAGGGAGCAAUGAUGCACAAGUAUAUUUGUCUCAGAAAUUAUAUUUUGAUGGUGAUGGACCCUUAAUUUCCCCUGGAGACUACUGCAAGCUGGCAGUUACAAUGACUAAUACCGUGCGUCCAACAGAAAGCACAGUUACAGCUGUUAGAAGGAACAUUCCCUGUGACCUUUCUGUUUAUUCAAAUGGAAACUAUCCUGGUAAAAGCAUGAGAGUACCUAUUUAUCAGCAGUCCACUCAGAGUGAAAGUGGAAAGAUGGCAGCCCUUCCAGAGCAUAACUUUUUAUGGCAGGGUGGCUUUGAGGUACGAAGCAAGGGAAACCCUACCAACCAUUAUGAUGGAUUACAAGCACAUGCGUCGACAUGUGCUGCAAGGAAGGCCCUGGAUGCCACUAAGAAGUUUUCUUCUAGUAUCCUAUUGGAAGAAGUACCUCGCUUGAGCUCAUGGCCAAUGCAGUUUCAGUAUAGUUGUCCAAGUGAUGAAAAUGUUGCACUUUACUUUUUCGCAAAAGAUCUUGAAAGCUAUGAGAGAUCCUACAAAAAGUUGCUGGAGCAUAUGCUUAAGAAUGACUUCGCACUUAGGACAAAUUCUGAUGGUGUUGAGCUUUUGAUUUUUCCAUCCAAUCAAUUACCUGAAAAGUCUCAACGUUGGAAUAGGCUUCUCUAUCUAUGGGGUGUUUUUAGGGAGAGGAAGGCAAAUUGCAUUGAUUCCUCAGCUUAUCCUCAUGAGAGAAUCCAUGGGCAGCUAUCAACAAAUGUUAUAACUGCAGGUAAUUUAAGUUCCAAGAUUGCAGCAGCACGAGUUUUACCUUCAAUGUCAGUAGCUGGGUUCUCAGAGAGAGAGGACAUGGAUAUUGAUAUGGAAGGGGGUCAAGAAGGUCCUUUAACGGAGAGGGAUACCAGUGGACUUGGAGGGCCAAAGUCUCAGAUCUCUUCUUUCUCACCAACUUCUUCAUCUUCAGACAAAGGAAAAACGAAGGGUUCUGAUGUCCAAAAUGCUUCAGAUUUUGUUGAGCAGAAACUAACUAACUUGCAGAAGAAUGCCGAGUUGACUGGAGAAGAUAAACUGUCAUUCAAGAAGCAUUCUCCAAAAUUAUCUUCUGAAUUUGGACAACAUUCAAAAGCUUCAUACACGAAUAAGGAGAAACAAAAAUCUUUACGCACAGAUGAUGGAAGGGCUGUUGUGCCUCAGCCAUUUGGACAAUCUGUCAUGUCACAGAUUUCUUCUUGGAGAGAGAGAGCUAACUCUGCUUGUCUUGGGCGUAUUCCUUCUGGUCAUUCUGCUGUUUCUUCAAGUUCCAUGGAAAGACAAGAUAAUUCAUCAGAUUCUUCAAGGAUUGCUCAAGUUAGUUCACAUUCACAAAUGAACACUGAAAAGGAAAAAAUCAAAUCAAAAGAUGAUGAAAAUGAUAGAGGAAGAGAGAGAGCAAAGGACUUGGAAUAUGCAAGUUUCAGGAGCAAAGAUUUAGGGCACAAGGAAUGGAAGCCGCGAGAAAGAGAAAAUGAAAGAGAGAGAGAAAGAAAUGGAGAAAUGGCAACCGAAAGAGAUAGGGAUAGGAGAAUUUCAUCAAGGAGACAUGAAGAACACAACAGCCAUGAACAAAGACCACGUAGAGACAGCAGAGAAGACAGGAGGCAUCAUUUCUCUCAUUCACCAACACAACAUGCAAGCCGAUCGAAUUUCUCUUCGAUGCGGAUAAGUAACUAUGAUCAUCAUCAUUAUCGGAUGCGUUCCCCUGAUUUUGAUCAAAACCGACAUGUACAAAUGAUGUCAGGAGUAGAAGCAUCUGGGGGUAGUCGUCGCAGGGAUACAGUCUCUCCCAGGGGGAGAUCCAGCGACUGUUUAAUAGAUGACAAAGGACACAGAAAACUGAAGAAAAGUUACAGUGAAAUAUAUGUUAGAGACAUAUGCAAAGACGAAGAAUCCAGUUGCAGGAGUUCUGGAGGCAGGAGCUCAGCAGAAUUAAAUAUUUGCAUUCAAACUCAGCAGGUUAGUGAUUUGUCUGCUUCAGUUCAGUUUGAUCAAGACUCCAAAGAGUACAAUCCAUUGUCUCCCAAGGAGUCCCAGGUAACUGAAAGGUUCUUUUUUCCAGAACCAACAGUUGCUGAACGAAAUGAUAAGACAACAAAAUCUUCUGAGCAGUCACAUAUCAAGCAAAUCACCAAACCAAAGUCUCCCGAGCUGACUUCUGAUGACCAAUGUAUCCCCUCAGUAGAGGAUCUUCAGGAACCACCAGACCUCGAUGUACCUGAUCUGGAACUUGCUUUAGGAGCAAAACUGUCAUCUCCAAAGCCAGCUGUCAGGCCUUUGUUUGUUCAGUUGCAUGAUAAAAGUUAUACUCAACAACAGUCUCCUAGUCCGACAACGAGUGAAGAUGGUUCGUCUCUCUCUCUUUCACUUACAUUUCCUUUGCCCUCAAAAGAACAAGCUGUCAAAUCUGCACUGAAAGAGAGUGAAUCAUUGUGUGAUAAUGGUACGGCAUAUACUUCCUUGUUGCUCUUUGGCAGCAGUGUAGAUUCUAAUAGAAAGUAGUGGUUCAGUUUAAUGACCCUGUAAAUUAGUUAUACACACCACAUGUAUUCUAGAGACUCUCUGUAUUUAGGUAGCAUAUGGCAAUAUAUCUAAGACAAUCUUUCGUUCUUGUCAACUCAUAACUCCAUUUGCUGGUAGUGAUACUGCAUGGGUUGCAUGAAACAUUACAUCUCUCUCUCUCUCUCCCAUUCCCUCUUCUGUCCCUUUCACACAUCCUGUCACACACAAAUCAAAGCAUCCAUUCUUUAAAAUUUAUUGUUUAUCCUUAUACGACUAGAUAUAUUGGUCCAAAUCAUUUUGUAUAUAUAAAAGAGCAGGUUCAAGAA